AUGUUGCUAGCACAAAUCGAAGCCAUUCUUAAUUCCAGACCCUUGGAACCAUUAAGUGACGAUCCAGAAGACACGACCGCACUCACACCUGGACAUUUUUUAACAGGAGGUCCGCUCACUGCAAUUCCUGAACCGUCAUUAAAGGAAGUACAUAUGUCAAGACUGUCACGCUGGCAAUUCAUUCAACAACGCGUACAACAAUUCUGGUCUCUCUGGUCGACUCACUAUCUGCAACGACAGCAAUCCAUCUCAAAAUGGCACCACCCACAGAAUGACAUCAAGGAAGGUUCUAUUGUGCUCAUUACAGAUGAAAGACUACCUCCUAGCAAAUGGCCACUCGCUCGAAUAAUCCUGGCCAACAUAAUCAAGGCAGCACCGUCCAUACCAAUAGCACAAUUGUCCAUAAUUGGAAGGUUGGUACUUGGUGAAGUCAAUGAAAUUAAGGAUAUGAGCACAGUAUCAUUCCAUACAUCAGUUGUCGAAGUGGAAGAAAUCUUACAAGAAUUAUUAACAAGAUUUUGGGUGCAAGAAGGGGUUCCGAGGAGCAUCGAACAUCUCCAGAAUCUGAUCUGA